CUUAUCCCUUCCUAGUUCCUUUCCAAGUGGCUGCUGCUAGUACGCAUGCUCAGCAGUAGCUUCAUGCAGUGCUGUAUUACAAUUCUAGGGCUGCUGCACACAGCAAGUAGACAGAUGAAAAGCAUGAGGGACUCACAAGUGAUGAACGACCCUGUAGAAAUGAAGGUAUCCCUGGCAUAGCUGAAAGCAACACAAGCACAGUAUGUUCAGCGUUGAGGAUCUCCUGGUUUCUCAUGGAUACAAAGUGUCGAAGAACGCGCUGUCGUCUUAUCAGCACCGAAGUGAAGGAUACCAACCGGACGUCACAAACAGCAGAUCAGGCAGCAGUGGGACGGUGAAUGGUUAUCAGUCAGACCCUGACAUCCUUGCUACACAAUCUAGCGCUAAGGGCAUUUUAAGUGACAAUGAAAGAGGCUGCUUAAAUGCAAAGCGACAGGCCUUUUCUGCUGGGUAUCCCAGAAGCCAUCAAUGUUUGGAAGUAUGUCGCGCUUCAGAAACAGGGUUGUCCGAUAGACCUCAGAUCGAAAGAUCACACUGGACCAAGACUGAUAAAGACGUUCAGUAUUGGAGGAGGAAAGGUCAAGAUUUUAGUGUUUUGCUGGUGCCGGGGAAUGAUGGAGAAGCAGGUGACAAGCUUGUAUCUUCCAUAGACGAGCAAGGAAAAAAGAGAAGUAAUGUCACAGAUAAAACUUAUAAAGAUCAGGGAGUAUUGGUGGAAAAAUUGGAAAAUGUUUGGAGCACUGUAUCAGAAAACUGGCAGCCAUCACUUGAAAAACAAUGUGAAUGUGAAGAAAGUAAUGCAGCAAAGAAGUCAAAAACCUCAGAGAAGAAGAUGCCUAAUGGCAACAGUGAGCAGCUGCUACAUGAUUUCAUCUCAUACACUCCAGGAGACAAUGCACUUGAUUGCCAAAAUAAGCUAAAUCCACAACCAUUGCCAAAUUCUAUUUCACCAGAAAGUUUAAGGACUGUACAGGAUGAAAAUUCUUUUAUGAAAGAUGAUGGGAGACCAUCCCACAAUAAAUAUAGUUUAAACGUGGAGUCUAAUAGACACUUAGUUGCUAAACUAAAGUACAGUAGGCCUUUAAAACCCCCUUCAUAUGAGCUCCACCAGCAAACAUGGGGUGCUGUGGACAUAAAUGAAAACCAAGAUAAUCAGCAAACAGAUGAACACUCCUCAUCACCCAGGACGCAAGAUCUAUCCCAAGAUUCUUGUAGCCAAGACUCAGGCCCUGAACCCCCCCUUUACAUACCUCCCCCUUCAUACAAAUCUCCUCCUCUUUUUCAUCCCACUAGUAAUCAAUCUUUUAACAAAGUGCCUAGUGUUAAUGAUUACAGAAUAAAAAAUAAACUGGUUGAGAAAACCAGCACAAGUGACAAACAAAAUAGCAUUUUCCCAGGGAAUAACAUUCCUUACAGCAAACCAGCCAAGCAGAGGCACAGUAAAGAUUGUACACGUUCUGUACAGUAUAUUUCUUUUGAUGACCCACGUAUAAAACAUAUUAAAGUUGCAAAUGAUCCAGAAAAACGUAACCAUGGUAAGAGACCUAAAGACGCAAAUGAUUCUAGAAGAAUCAGAUAUACAAGUCAAGAAAGCCACUUUCAGUUUGGAGAAAGAGACAGUGCCUUUUCAAAUCCAAAAAUAUUGCAAAGUAAGAAUGGGAAACGAGAAAGUAUAAAACAUAAGCAAUGGUUGCACAUCACUAUCCCAGAUCAAAUAUGCUGUGCCUUGCAUGAACCUAGAGAUGGCUCUACAGCCUCUAGUUUACCAGAAAAUAGUGAAAUUACUCACAAGUUAUCAUUAAAAAAGACACAGUCAGAUAGUGCUUGUGAAACUGUAACAAAAGUUAAAAAAUAUGAACCUGAAUCAUAUCUUCCAGGUCGAAAAAAUUCAAAGAGAAAAUUAAAAGAAACAAUAUUUUGCUUGGUUUCUAUUCCAGUGAAAUCAGAUUCUGCUCCAUCAGAUAUUGGCAAGAAUAACAGUGAUUUUGUAGAGCAUUUGGACAGGGAAAAUAUUCUAAAACAUAAAAAUGGAUUUUUUUGUGAGCAAAGGCUUUUGAGUGCGUCUUCCAGUGACAUAGAGCUUCAGACUCUUACAGGAAGCAUGAACAAUAAAGUGGGGCUACUAAACCAAGAGCUUUGCAUAACAGAGGAAAGUAAACAAGCAAAUUACCUCAAAUCUAUCGAACAGAGGAAACACAAAGAACUAACUUAUUCUGGUUCUUGGCCAGGUGAUCAGUACAAAGAUCAACAAACGCAAACUCCGCCAUUUUAUAGUGGAAUACAAACAAAUGAUCUGCACAACAAUUUAGAAAAAUCCCAAUGCAAACCUGUAAGUGAGCCAACUGAGUCAAGGCUGCCUUUUGAAAAUGGACCUCCAAAUUUGUUCAGCAUGAAAGGUCAGAUGAAUCUUAGUCCAUCCAGUAAUAGUGCAUUUUCAAGGAUGAAUGCAUCUAAAAUUGAGCCAAGAUUUGACUUCUCAAAUGAAAUUACAGAACAAAGAGAAAAAGAUAUUGUUGGCAAAUGUGAAAAAAAUGAGUUGGAAAAAGAAAGUAUUUGCAAUAAGAAAGAAGCAUUUGGUCAGUUUCUUUUGAAACCAGUUAACAGACGACCUUGGGAUGCUAUAAGUGAGUUGGAAAGUUUAAAUAAAGAAUUCCAAGAUCAAGAAAAUGCUGACUGUGAGAGUGAAAAGAAUGUAGCAAAAGAGCAGAUUAAGGAUCUACCAAUGGACGUGCCGAACACAAGAACAGCAAUUCGUAGAGAGAUGAUCAGUAAUGAUCGGCACGUAAGGGAAGUACAAGAGUGCCCGAUAUUUGGCUCUUUAGGAGAUAAAAGUAGGUCAGAAAGUUGGUGCACAGAAAAGUUGGUAUCUCAAAAAAAUACUAGUGCUGAGUUGCCAAAUUCUAUAAAAACUAAAGAAACCAGUAUUAUGUCAAACAAGUCCUCAAAUUCAGAAAUACAAAUAAAGAAAACCAUAAAUAAAAAUCCUACUGCUUGUACCAACGUGGAUCAAAAUCAAUCCUCAGCGCAACCGUAUGUAAGUAAAAUAAAACCUAAUAAAAACAAACUACGCGCUGAUCCUGAUUUCUAUCAUUUCAGGAACGAUAAACCUUGUUUUAACCAUAUGUUCUUAGAAGUAAGGAAGAUGAAUAAAGUGAAUCAGUUUCAAGAUAAAGCAAUAAGAAAGCUCUCUCUAUCAGAUAGAAACCAUGGACUCUCUGUUCCGGAUUUAAGUAAUUAUUUUAUGAGCACAACCCAUAAUGCAGCACUUAAUGAACAGCACAAUGAUUUAGAAAUACCUGAGAAUGAAUCACUACAUGAGAGAGCUGCUAGAAUUUUGGGGAUUGAUGUAGCAAAUGAUUGUCUAGUCUCUACUGAGCAUUCUGAAACACAAAGUCCUGAAAAUGUUAUCUUUACUACUGGUGCACAAAAAGAGGAAAAGCCCAGAGAGAAAAUUAAUGAAACUUUUGUUUCUUUGAAAUCAUCUCCGGAGACCUGCAGUAGUGCAUUUCAUUCUACUUUAGAUACAGAAAGAGUUUUGGAAAAGUUAAAAAACUUUGAACAAGGACAGGAACAAUUUUUUCAAUCAGUUUCACAACACAGUGAAGUUAACAUUGCUCAAAGUACUGACAAAAAGGUGAGAAACACAUCUAAGAUGAUUGAAACAAUACAGGGAAAGCUAGCUUCUACGCCCCCUCGCACCGCUGUAGAUCGCUUAGCACGAAUGAAAGAAGUGGACUCUGUUUCUCGGAUGAGACGGUUGAGUAUUAAAAGCACGGACUCCGGAGAUGACCUUGAUGAUGAAAAGCAGUUAUACAAAACACAGGAUAUUGGCACUCGUAAGUUCUCCACUGGUUCAGUUUUUAAACGGGUCAUAUCCCUUGAUGAAAGUCUGUUAAUAACACCAAAAGGAAAAGAGAAGAUGAAUUUGCCCAGUGCUGAUUCAUAUGAUCCUGCCAGAGUGGAAAGAGUUUAACUAUCAGUAAAAUAAACUAACAAGGACUGUGCUCAUAUAUGAUGUCAAGUAACAUGAAGAGAAUGGACUACAGAUUUCUGUUUUGUUCAACAGGACACAUAUUAUGCAUAUAUAAUUUGUGUGUGUGUGUUUUUAUUCUUAUUCGUUAUUUAUGGCAUACUCACACUGCCUUUAAUACUGCCAAAACACAUUACUCAGCUGUGAUGUACCCAGUUCCAUUUCUCAGAUGGCUAAUUUGCUUUGAAUUUAGUUUAGUUUUUUUCAUAAGCACACUGAGAAGAUUGCCACUGGAAUUUUUACCAAUGAUGUUUGUUAACGUAAACAAUAUGUGACAAACAUUCUAAACUCAGUGAUGUGUUGCAGUUCUCUUGAAUGUAGCUUUGAACUGAGCACUUUGAGCAAAAUACUAGAGACUAGUAAACAUUUCUCUAACCUUUUGAAUGUAUCAACAUCGAUGAGUAUUCUUCUAGAAAAUAUGAUUUCCUUAUAGGAAGUAUAAUGAGAUGUUACAUUUCUUUGCCUAUUCAUAGUUUGCCAUAUACUGGGCAUAUAAUAUGCUAUAACUGGAUUUAAAGGGUUCCGGCAACAUACAUGCAUCUUGUUUGAUUAGCUUAUUACAUAAAAGUGAAUGAUGCAUGAAAUACACAUACAGCACAUAAAGGAUUAUGACUGAUUUGAGGUUAUCUUUUUAUUUUGAAAGCUGUAUGAAGCUUUAUUGAACACUUUUUUUUAGAUCCUAGUAUACAACCCAGUCCUAGAUUGGGACAAUAGUAUUGUCGUCCGACUUUCUGCUACCUAUGACCUAGAUUUCUAUCCAACCAAGUGUUUAUCUGAUGUUUUAUCAAAUUGAUUUUAUAAUUCAAGCCCAUUCCAGUCCAUUUGCAAACCCCACAAUAAAUCAUUUAUCUAGUGGUUGUUAAAUACAUUUUAACCAAAAAACAUCCCCAUUACUUAGCUAGUGGGCAGUUUUACAGCGCUUUUCCAAUCGAUCAGUAAAUUAAUUGUAGGUCUUUUCUCUACAGAUUUCUUUUUUGCUUUUUUUUUUUUUUUUUAAGUUUUCCAAUGGAGUCUAUAGAUAUAUUUUUUAUUAAAAGCUAUAAUGAAAGUUCCUAUCACAAAUUAUAUAUGGAUGAAUUUAUUCUAAUUAUUAAUAUAAAAUUAUUAAUUGCACACAAAAAAUGACCAUCAUUUAUUUAAUAGCAUUGCUUAAAGGGAUACUAAACCCAAUUAUUUUUGUUUUAUGAUUCGGAUAGAGCAGGCAAUUUUAAGCAACUUUCUAAUUUACUCAUAUUAUCAAAUUUUCUUCGUUCUCUUGGUAUCUUUAUUUGAAAAAGCAGGAAUAAAGCUUUGGAGCCGAACAUUUUAGGUUCAGAACCUGAGUUGCGCUUGCUGAUUGGAUGACUAAAUAUAGCCAACAAACAGCAAGCCCUAUCCAGGGUACUGAACCAAAAAUAGGCCUGCUUUUUCAAAUAAAGAUAGCAAGAGAACGAAGAAAAAUUGAUAAUAGGAGUAAAUGAAAAAGUUACUUAAAAUUGCAUGCUCAAAUGUGAAUCAUGAAAGAAAAUAUUUGGGUUUACUAUCCCUUUAAGUGAAAAGCUGCAAACAACCAUAUUAAGCAGUAAUUAACAGAAUGUAAUUUGUCAUGUUUUUGUUUUGACUGCAUAUAUUUUAAUUUUGUGAAGAUCUCUAAAAAUCCUUUAGAAACCUACUUGAAAAUCGUGCAAUACCCAUUUUUUUUCUUUUUCUGUGAUUACCUACUCGAAAAGCUAAAAAAUACCAAAAGUUAUAAAAUUAUCACAGUGCAUCGUGUUUUGUUUUUUUCUUCAGAUUAAUACAGCUCCUUCUCUGAAUGUAAACGGGGUGGGGGGGGGGGAACACCCAAGCUACUUUCCAAUAUUUCUCUUGAAAUAAAAAAAUAUUUGAAUCUAGGACUUUCUCCUAAUUUCCCUAUGGAUUUGCAAAAACCCUGUCCAUACUUUUAAUACUCCAUUCAGACUACCUAAAUCCUGCCUUAGAAUUACCCAGACUCUGACCUUCUGCCCCUGUACCACACAUAUCCAUUCCUUAUACACCAUCUCUUAUAUACAGUCCCAGGCACAAAUUCUGAAAUGCUAGGAAGUAUGUUUUAUAGAUAAGUGUGUAAAAACUGAACAGACUAUUGUGUUGGAACAUUGAAUAGUAAAACUCUUUUUGACUGUUAAUUUUCUAUUGAAUACAAACUGUGAGGGUUAUAUGCAUGUCAAGGAAAAAACAAACAAAAACAAAUGCACAGCUCUGUCAUAGAAGAUUUAAUAACAAAUGUUAUGCAAUUUUUUUGUUUCUUCUCCUGUAUGAAAAAUAAUAUAACAAACAUAGUUUAACAAGUAUAAUAGGUAGAUACUGGACAUGAAAUGCAGUUUGUGAGGAUAUGGUCUGAUUGUUCCAAGAUUGAGUAGAAUUGCAGACCUUAGAUUUUUUUAAAUUAAUUUUUAAUGCAGAGACACCUACCUGUACACUUUCUUUAAUUGAGCACUUUUUUAAUGUGCAUUUUGACAAUCGUCUUCUUAAAUAAUGGAGAAUUCCUUUGAGCUGCUUUGGUUGUUCAAACAAUUGAAAAGCACUAUUUUGAAAUAAUUUUAUGUUGACCACAAUCAUUUAGAAAGGUUUAAAUAACCUCUAAACACAGUAUGCAAUAGCACUUAGUUUGAGUUUCAUAUGAGUAGUAGAUUUUAAAGUUAGCUCUAUUUUCCCUCCCACUGCAUCAUGUGACAGCCAUCAACCAAUCACAAAAUGCAUAUACGUAUAUUCUGUUAAUCUUGCAUAUCAAAAUAUUCUGCACAUUUAGAUAAUGGAAGUAAAUUGGAAAGUUGUUUAAAAUUGUGUGCUCUAUCUGAAUAAUGAAAGUUUAAUUUUGACUUGAGUAUCCCUUUAAUAAUAUUUCUGCACAAUCAUUUGAUUAGCUUUUCUAAAUGAUUUUGAUCAACAUCAAUUUCCUUUGCACAAAAAAUAAUUGAGAAGUGGAGUGCUUUAAUCUCCCCCUAAAAUUAAUGCAUCGAUAUGUACUGAAGCUGGUUUUGGCUUUGCACCAUACACAAUAAUACAUUAGGCUCUCUUUUUAAAGUGGUUUAAGUUAUAUGUUAAAGACCAGUUUCAUCCCAGCCUAGGGUCUCAUAGGGCAGCCUUCAAAUGUUUAUUUUGUUUAUCUGGCACUUCUUUGAUCUAAGGAGGUAAUUUUAAAGCACUUUGAUCUUCAUGUACCAAAUGUACUGGUAGAUAUGAGAAUGUUGUUGAAAUAAGGAAUGAAGGAGACAGAAAAUUGGAGGAUAUCCUGUGUGUGUGUCUGUUUGGGUCUGUACAAUAGUACCAGGCAGAUAAUGGUACUUGUGUAAGUCAAAACAAGACUAAAUGUUUAUUACAAGUUUGCUUAUGUAUAUAUAUUCUUCCUUUUAUCCUCACUUUUAGGGACAUGGGGACAAAGAACAAAUACUAGAAAUUGUUUAUACAUAUAUAUGUAUACAAAUAUAUAUAUACAUACACACACAAUUUCUGAUAUUUGUUCAUUGUCCCUAAAAGUGAGGAAGAAAUUUCUUGUGAAAGGUUUGGACAACCCUGUUGAGGACUAUAUUACAUUUAUAACGUGGAAUAAAAUGAACACUGUUCUAGCUGACUACACUAGUGUGAUAGACAUAUGUCUUCCAUUAUGAUUUUUGUAUGUUUUUUCUUCCUUAUGAAUGAUUAGAUGUAAUAUUUUAGUUUACUUUACCCUCUAGGGGAGUAUACUGCACAAGUACAGAAUAUGGAAUAUGUUGAUAUAUUUCAGUAUUACUCAAACAUUAUGAGGUCAAUUCCUCCCAUAAUUAGACACAAACUGUGUGAAUAUUUUAUUUCUUUUUAAUAAUGCACUUUCUGUAAGCAUGAAGCAUUUAAUAUUCUAGCCUUGGUUCUAAUAAUCUAUUUAAUACAGCAGAAUAUUAAAUGUGUACAUAGUCAAUACAGAUUUCUUCCUGAAAUUAUCAUAGAAAGGUGAAAAGUAUCAUUUGAUUCUGAUCUAUAUUGGGACACAAUAUUACUGUUUGAAGGUUACAGUAAAAUCCACUGGACUAUAGGGCAGGUUAUUCUCAGCAAAUCACUUUAGUAAUGUCUUUAACAGAUUUUGGAGAUUCUCAAACUCAUAGCUCUCACUCAAUGUGUCCGAUAUGCUGUAGGUUAUGCUGCAAAACUCAAUUCCAUUGUCUACUUUGUUGUAUUAAAGAAAGGUAAAAGGUUGAACGCCUGCUUUAUGUGCAGUUGGAGACAAACACUGACCAUUCCCGGGUUGUAUUUUUAAAUUUAGCUGAUUCACUUAUGACUGCUUUUGUUAGAAGUAUUUUUUUACUUAGAUUAUCUUAUAAAAUGGAUGAAAUGUGUAGUCCUUAAUAUACACCUAUACAUUAAUAAAAAUGUAUGAUAUCUAUUCAUUUCAGCUGAAUUUCAGUACCACUGAUAUUUUGCACUUGACGUGACCUAUUUUGUUUUCUAUAUUGUAGAAAGAAAUUUAUUUGUAUGCAAAUGUCAGUAAGAGCGCUCAUUUAAACAAAAUAUCUAUUGCUUUUUACAAAAUAUGGUCUAUUUUUCUAAUGUGUACACAUGCCACAAAGUUGCCAAAUAAAAACGUAUAUUAAAUAAA